AAAACUAAAACCCUUAUACGAUGGACUCGUGGCGAAGAAACAUUAAAUGAAGCGGAAACAUUUUGUCGCAUAGUCUCGUUGUCUCGGCUGGUGGAAAAAAAUCUGCUGACUAAGAUCCAAUUCUGACGCAUUGGCACAAACGGGACGGCAUACGAUCUAAACUAAUGGACUAGUGGAACGAUUCGGCCCAUACGCUUAAUUGCACCAUUGUGCUGCAAUCAACGGUCCGCGAUCGUGCGGUGCGUUGCAUCGUUUGGUCAUUUUUUUAAGGGUUGGAAACGGUUUGGAUGAACUUCGUGGCUGCUGGAACGAUGGAACGGAGCCAGCUAUCACUAGGCUGUUCGCUUAUCAGUUCCGAUUGAUUGUUCAAUCGCGUCGUCGAAAAUCAUUAACUUAUCACAAUACAACACACAACCUUUGAGGGCGGCUGCACACAUUCGUUAGCAGCUGACGGUGGCAGCGAAGAAGUUGAAUGAACCCAGUUGUGGAGUGUACUGACAAAUGCUUUGUUUGGACGUGAUUUUUUUUUAGAUAAAUACUGAUAAUGGAAGAAAGGGACGCGCAAUUCUGUUUGCAUAUUUGCACUGCCACGCUAACCGAUGAAUCGGCAUAAUUUCGUAGGAUAUUUAAAGCUUUGAGUCAUGCGUUGAUAACAUUUUCUAUUCAGCAUCAUCAUCCUGGUACAAAUAUCCAUUUUAGAUAAAUUGAUCGUUUCCAUACGCAUUAGUUGAUAUUCAAAUUCUUUGUUGUUGUAUUUCAAACAUUCCAAUUUUAUGGUUGAUCGCAAUUAAUACAUUUUAACAUUCUGUAGCUUUGGACACAUUUUAGCUUUGCACAUAUUUGAACUUUACAAAUUUAACAUUAAUGUUCUUCCAUUUUAAUAAGUCCUAGCAUAUGAGCAGCAUAGAAAUUGAUUUAGUCUAAUGUACUAUAUUACGCCAAUAUUGUGUGAAUCACAAAUUACACAUUUGAAAUGAAUAACAAACGGCCUUUCGGGCGGUAAACAAUUUAAACCACCACCAUUACGCGCCAAACGCGUUCUGAACGCACUGGCUACAUGUGCGACGCCACUUGCGUCGCACGGUAGUGUGUGGUGCGUUUAUCACGUCGAUUAAAUUUCCACCAACACCGACACAGGCACGAUUUAAACGUGUACCAUUGAUCGCCACGCGGUUUCACUAAUCUAAACGAAGCGUGGACUCUCGCGCUCUCGUAGGACCGUCUGUAUAUGGUGUGAGGCGCUUAAAACCAAUACAGACUAUGAUUGGGAAGGGUUAGUAGUACGAUGGGCAAGUAGUUGCAGCCCAGGAACCUUCAGAGCCAUGUCUCAUUGGCAGUUUACUCCCGAACGUUGAUGUGAAUGCGUUCACGAACUUGCAGUGGCUUGUCCUUUUCGUUUGUAUAUAUGUGCGCACGUGAGAAUGAGCGAGAGCACCGUGUGGUUUGAUAGAUAAAUGCCUUUUCGCAUGUUUCAUACUCGAUCGAUCACCAGUGUUUAGUACGCCAGCCUGUGUAAAACGCGUUUACCAGUGAAAGUAAUAUGUAAUAACACGUAAUCUGUAAUAGUAUUAAAGAUCCGGUCUGGUUCGGCUGGUGUGAAAGUGGAAACGGCGGAAAAGAUAGCAUCGUAUCGCUAACCGCCUGCAAUUAGCAGUCACUUUUCGUUGCCAAGGCUAACGACGCAAGUCUAUCGCAUGUGAUCUACUGCAGCCGGGAGCCAAAAAUGAGAUGAAUUUCCUUAAGAAUAAGAACAAACCAUCACAGCAAGCCGGUGGUAAUGGUGUAUGGGACAGCUUUCAGUACGCACUACUUAUCAACAAUGGCAGCGAUGCGAAUGGGGAAAACAUGGACGACUACGGAGAGUCAACAGGAUUGCUGGAGCAACCCGUGGCCUCAGUACGAUUACCCAUCAUCGGAAUGACCUGUCAGUCGUGCGUGCGUAAUAUCGAAGGUACAAUUGGCAACAAGCUCGGUGUGAUAAAGAUCAACGUAGUGUUGGCAGAAAAUGCCGGCUACAUUGACUACGAUCCGUCACUUACUGAUCCUGCCCAGAUAGCGGCAGACAUCGAUGAUAUGGGCUUCGAAUGCACCUACACAGAACCCGGAGCAUCGACAUCGGCUGCAAAGCGUUCCAUCCUUGUCGAAGGCGUCGAAAGCGACAGCGAAACAGUUGGUCACAGCGGGAAUGUACGAACAGUACGCAUAAACAUCGAAGGCAUGACGUGCCAGUCUUGCGUAAGAAACAUCGAAGGAACGAUGAAAGAUCGGACUGGGGUGAUUUCCAUUCGUGUGCUGCUAGACGAACGAGUCGGUGUGGUGGAGUACGAUGGGGGGUUAACAACGGCGGAAAAAAUCGCAGAACAGAUCGACGACAUGGGUUUCGAGGCAAAGGUUGCUACGGGCGAACAGAACCAAAUCGAGCAAAGAUUACGGUCGUCUCCGCAAGCGAAUGGGAAGCAACUGGUGGCAGGCAAUGGUAGCCUUACUUCAAAAAAGAAAGAAGACGACGCAGCACAGCUGAGGCGAUGUUUUCUGCACGUGCAGGGUAUGACUUGUGCCAGCUGCGUAUCGGCGAUAGAGAAACAUUGUCGCAAAAUAUACGGCGUAGAAUCGAUUUUAAUAGCACUGCUAGCAGCGAAAGCUGAGGUGAAGUAUGACGAACGGUUAACAUCGCCCUCCGACGUCGCAAAAUCCAUCUCCGAACUUGGUUUUCCGACCGAAGUGCUGGAGGAACCAGGAACGGGCGAAACGGACGUAGAGAUCGAAAUUCUCGGCAUGACGUGUGGUUCGUGUGUAGCGAAGAUCGAACAGACGGCGCUGAAGAUACCGGGUGUGCUGCAGGCAUCCGUAGCCCUUGCUCUUAAACGGGGCCGUUUCACAUUCAACAACGAACGAACCGGUGCACGCACAAUUUGUGAAGCGAUCGAGAACCUGGGUUUUGCGGCACGCGUACUUUCGGGCAAAGAUAAAAUGGCACACAGCUAUUUAGAGCACAAGGAGGAAAUUCGCAAGUGGCGUAAUGCGUUUCUGGUUUCGCUUGCGUUCGGUGGCCCAUGCAUGAUCGCGAUGGCAUACUUUAUGGUGCUGAUGCAUGAGCACAGCCAUGAGGAUAUGUGCUGUGUGAUACCGGGCCUGUCGCUAGAGAAUCUGAUCAUGUUCGCUCUCUCGACACCGGUACAGUUCUUUGGCGGGUGGCACUUUUACAUUCAAGCGUACCGGGCAGUGAAACAUGGCGCGAGUAACAUGGACGUAUUGAUCACGAUGGCCACCACGGUAAGCUAUCUGUACUCGGUCGGCGUGCUUGUCGCUGCGAUGGUGCUGGAGCAGCGUACCUCACCGCUUACCUUCUUCGACACACCGCCGAUGCUGUUCAUUUUCAUCUCCCUCGGACGGUGGAUGGAACACAUCGCAAAGGGUAAAACGUCCGAAGCACUUUCGAAGUUACUUUCGUUGAAAGCGACGGAAGCAACGCUGGUAACGCUCGGGACGGAUUAUGCAGUACUGUCGGAAAAAGUUAUCUCCGUCGAUCUGGUACAGCGAGGUGACAUUUUAAAGGUUGUGCCAGGCAGCAAAGUACCGGUCGAUGGGAAAGUUCUGUGCGGCAAUUCCACCUGCGACGAAAGUUUAAUCACGGGCGAAUCAAUGCCGGUACCGAAGCGUAAAGGUGCGGUCGUGAUUGGAGGUUCGAUCAAUCAGAACGGUUUGCUGUUGAUGCAGGCGACACACACCGGAGAACACACGACACUUGCGCAGAUCGUGAAACUUGUAGAGGAAGCACAAACAUCGAAAGCACCGAUACAACAGCUUGCGGACAGGAUAGCGGGCUAUUUUGUGCCAUUUGUUGUGACCGUUUCGGUGGUAACGCUGAUCGGCUGGAUCGUAUCGGGAUACAUCGACAUUUCGCACAUUCCGGCAAGUGAUCGCGAUAAGGAAGGUUUAACGCCUUCGGAAAUAAUCAUCAGCUAUGCGUUCCGUUGUGCGCUGAGUGUGCUUGCCAUCGCUUGUCCGUGUGCACUCGGGCUUGCCACACCUACGGCGGUGAUGGUUUCGACGGGUGUUGGUGCAUUGCAUGGAAUUUUGGUGAAAGGUGCCGGUCCGCUAGAGAACGCGCACAAGGUAAAGACGAUCGUGUUUGAUAAGACGGGUACGAUCACGCACGGUAUGCCGAUGACGUCUCGCAUCUGCAUGCUGGUACGACCGGCCGUUUGUUCGCUCGCCCGUGCCCUUACCAUUGUUGGAGCGGCCGAAGCAAACAGCGAACAUCCAAUCGCAACCGCCAUUGUGAAGUAUGUUAAAGAAGCAUUUGAAAUAGAUGUGUUUGGCAAGUGCAGUAACUUCUCGGCUGUUCCCGGGUGUGGGAUCCGGUGCGUUAUUUCGAACGUAGAUGAUACGCUGAAACGUGUGCAGCAGUCGGAACGUAUCCGGAACUAUCAAAACUCGUACCGGAGCGACCAACAGCAAUCAAUCUCAAUGCACGGUGCCACGGUGGAGGAGCUUAUACCGCAGCUAAGUGCCUCGCAAAAGAAUACGAUCGAACUGCAACAACUGUUGCACCUGGAACCAAUCGGUGAACCAACGUCUGGCCACGGUACUGCGGAAGCGUUCGCCGACGUAAACGAGUACAACGUGCUGAUCGGGAACCGUGAGUGGAUGGCAAGGAACGCGAUAGUAGUGCCACCCGAAGUGAAUAUUCGAAUGUCGGAGGAGGAACAGAUGGGCCAUACGGCGAUCCUGUGUGCAAUCAAUGGACAGCUCGUUUGUAUGCUGUCCGUGUCGGAUAUGGUGAAACCGGAAGCCCAUCUUGCCGUGUACACGCUGAAGCGAAUGGGCAUUGAGGUGAUUCUGUUAACGGGCGACAAUAAGAAUACGGCCGCAAGUAUAGCCCGCCAGGUGGGAAUAAAUCGUGUAUUUGCGGAGGUGCUACCAUCGCACAAGGUGGCCAAGAUUCAGCGGAUACAGGAAAUGGGUGUCCGAGUGGCAAUGGUUGGGGACGGCGUGAACGAUAGUCCGGCAUUGGCACAGGCCGAUGUCGGAAUUGCGAUUGCCUCCGGUACGGAUGUAGCGGCCGAAGCUGCGGAUGUUGUACUAAUGCGGAAUGAUCUGCUUGAUGUGGUGGCCUGUUUGGAUCUGUCCCGAAAAACGGUGCGCAAGAUUCAUAUGAACUUCCUAUUUGCCAGUAUGUACAAUCUGCUAGGUAUUCCUCUGGCGGCUGGUAUGUUUACACCGUUUGGAUUUACACUCGAGCCUUGGAUGGCAUCGGCGGCCAUGGCGGCUAGUUCCGUUUCGGUGGUGUGUUCCUCACUUAUGAUCAAGCUGUACAAAAAACCGACACAAGCCUCGUUACAGACCGCGGAGUACGUUGAACUGAACGAAGCCGGUGCUUUCCUUGAUCCGGAUGCCAUUUCUGUGCAUCGUGGGCUCGACGAUAUACCGCGCCCGAAUUUGGCUCGAUCAACUAGCUCCACACUGGCCAAGUUAUUCGGUCGGGGCAAAGAAUCGAAGGAGGAUGAACUGCUGGCGACACUGGACGAUGAUGAGUUUUCGGUCGAUAUCAUCAAAACAUCGAAUGCAAGCAUUUACAAAAACGCUACAGAGCUUCAGAAGCUAUAGAACGAACGAUUCCGUCACAACGUUGCACCGGCUGGUUAAAGGAGCAGCACGUGUCCAGGGAAAACGUGGUGAUUCUUUGCGGCGGAGUAUCUGCUUUUUAUUACUCCGUUGCCAAGUGCAGCCAUACACCUGAUACACCCUUCCGGGCACGUGUUUUUUUUCUUUUCUCACCAUGGCUCUGCUUUGAGUAACCAUUUUCAGUUUACCUUUCUUUUACCAGUUUGAUUUUGUGGUUUGAAAAAAUGUCUUGACUAUUGGUUUUAUUAGGAUUGCAUGUGAUAUACGCAUUGUUUUUGACUAGGAAGUGUUACGAGCCAAAAGGACCAGUUUUGAAUGUGUUGAAUAUAGAAUUAUUACCAGUACCCGUUCUGUACUUAUACUUUCUGCAAACGCCCCCGUACCAGUUCGGCAAAGUGAACUUUUGCUUUUUUUUACACAAACAUACGCCUUUUACCAAAAGACUUGUAAAUAAAAUAUAUACUACGUUUUGUA